AAAAUUAAACUUAUCUCCCGCCGCGUAAGGAGAAAGGGGCAGGUGGAACCCACGCCACCCCAUUUGCUAGUUGAGGAAAAAAAGGAAGAAAAGAUUGGCGCAAUACGCGCUUUGUUUUCUUACUUUCUUAAUUAUUCACUUGUCUCUCACUUGAUUCCCGAUGCCCCAUCCCCAUGUGACUUUCCUACUGUCUGCCAGCCCAUCCACCGACGCCCUUUCCCCCCAUUAUAUUCACACCCUAUCUUUCCUUUUUUCCUCCAUUUCUAUCACUAAUAAUUUCAAUAACAAUAAGAAGUAAAAAGUAGAGAAAGAAAGAGGUUGUUUUUCUCUUUGAAUUGUUCAAGAAUAUGGCAAGAUUGGUUGCUUUCUUUGCUCUUUGCUUACUCUCUGUUUCUUUGGCUACUGCCACUUCCCUUGGCAACCCUUUUCUAGUUAAGGGUAAAGCUUAUUGUGACAAUUGCCGAUGUGGCUUUGAGACCCCUGCUACCAAGUACCUUGCUGGAUCUAAGGUUAAAGUUGAAUGCAGAAGCAGGGUGAGCAACAAAAUCACAUACACAGUUAAUGGUGUGACAAACUCACAGGGUGAAUACAACAUCUUAGUCAACCGUGAUUGUGGCGACGAUGUCUGCGAUGUUGUGCUCGUUGAGAGCUCUGAUAAAAAAUGUGGCAUCCCCAAUGCUGGUCGUGACCGUGCCCGUGUCAUCCUUACCCGUAACAAUGGCAUGGUUUCUGACGUUCGUUAUGCUAACAGCAUGGGUUUCCUCUCCAAUGAGCCUCUUUCUGCCUGCACCCAAAUCCUCCAGCAAUACCAAUUGACUGAGGACCAAUAUUGAAGGAACAACAAAUGAUUUAUCAUGAAUCUUUGUUUGAUGUUUAAGGCACAUUUAUUUUUAUGAUGUUGAGAUUAUGAUGCUUUAGGCAUCAGCAUUGAUACUUUAUCUUUGUUAUUUGUUUUCUGGACGAUCAACUUACCAAGUAAUAUGUUUCCUUUCAGUGUA